AGUUGGACACAUACAAGCUUGUCCAUUUCUUUCUUCUUCCCUAAUACCCACCUUUAGCACUUCUUAAUUUUCUUGAUUUGAAUCGAAAAAUAUCAGAAAAUUAAGAAGUGACUAUGGAGGGAGAUUUCUUGCCAUUCUUGUUGAUGGUGACGGUUCAAUUGGGCUACGCCGGUAUGAACAUUAUAUCGAAACUUGCUAUGGAUUCCGGGAUGAGCGCUUAUGUCCACGUCGCUUAUCGCCAAAUAUUUGCUACUGUCGCACUCGCUCCCGUUGCUUAUUUCCUAGAAAGGAAAACAAGACCUAAAAUGACACUACCUGUUUUCAUCCAGAUUUUCUUGUGCUCAUUCUUUGGAGUUACAGUGAAUCAGAUCACAUACUUCAUAGGAUUGAAGAACUCAACUCCAACCAUAGCCUGUGCACUUUCCAACAUCAUCCCUGCAGUCACCUUCAUCAUAGCUGUUCCUCUCGGGCAGGAGAAAAUAGUGUUGAAGAGCAAAGGAGGGCAGGCAAAAGUGUGGGGAACAAUGAGCUGCGUCAGUGGAGCUCUCCUCGUCUCAUUCUACCAUGGAUCUGUCCUCAACAUUGGCCAAUCUGCAAUUCACUGGAAAUACGUCGAUUCGACGCCCACUGCAGCUCCGGCAGCCGCCACCGCCGUCGCCGUCGCCCACCACGGUUACAGUCUGGUUCUGGGGCCUCUCCUCCUCAUUGCCAGUGCUGUUUCUUGGGCCAUUUGGCUAAUCAUCCAAACAAAAAUAAGUAGCAAGUAUGACGCGCCGUACUCGAGCUCGGCCCUCAUGUGCGUUUUGGGGAGCAUCCAAUGCACGAUCGUUGCCAUCUCCCUCGACCACGACUUGUCUGCUUGGUCGCUCGCUCCUACCAUUCGGAUUGUUUCGAGUGUCUACGCGGGGCUAGUCGGCACGGCGGUAGCAUUUUGUUUCAUGUCGUGGUGCGUGGCAAGGAAAGGCCCUCUUUAUGUAUCGGUGUUUAGUCCAUUGUUGCUCGUCAUCGUCGCGAUCCUCAGUUGGGUUCUUCUCCGAGAAAAGCUUUACAUUGGAACAGUUGGGGGAUCGGCGCUGAUAGUGUCGGGGCUUUACGCAGUGUUAUGGGGGAAGAAGAAGGAAAUGGUGAGGAUGGCGGCCAUUGAUGACGGAGAAAAGGUUUCUCAGACAACUGCAGCUGGUGCUGAUUCGCCGCAUAAUUACAUCGGAAAAUCGUCGAAAUCAUCGUGUGUCGGAACAACUGCAGCUUUGCAUGUCGAUGUCUGAUUCUGAGUAGUGUGAAGGAAUUGCAAAAAUUAGGGUUUACAGAUGAUGAAUGAGAAUGAGGAUCAUGUUGAAGAUCACAUGAACUCUCUCUCACUGCCUACCUUAAUUUGUCGUCUUUAUUGCGAAUUCUCCAUGCAUUUUGCAGCUUGACAGCUAGCUUCUGUUACUUUACAAAAAAAUUCACAUGGAAAAUGUUGUAUACUUGUUUCUCUUUUGAUGUUGAGUUAUUUUUAAAAUAAUAAAAAAAAUUGAAAAAAUUAUUGCUCCA